AUGUCGACGACUCCCUUUUCAACUUCCUCCGUCGACGAGGCAACUCAGAGUGCAUUGAGCCGUAGUAGAAGCUCCAGCACGGAAGGUGAAAGUAGACUUGGUGAAAACGAGGGGGCGUCGAAGGAAAAGACCUCGUCCUCCCCCUCAUCUUCCGAUAUCGAAACCCUCGCCGGCAUCACUGACGACCACGCCCCGCUUUCUAAACUUCGAAAGAUCAUCAUUCUGGGCGUCUUCUGUUCUGCGCAGUUCUUUGACCUCUUCAAUGCGAACGCCGUCAUCGUCUCAUUACCAUCGCUCGGAGCGGAUCUCAACUUCACGCCAGGAGCCCUGCAAUGGAUCCUCUCAGCCUACACCCUCACUUUCGCCUCCUUCAUGUUGAUAUCCGGCACGCUUUCCGAUAUAUAUCACCCGAAACCGAUAUUCUGUCUGGGCUUCGCUUUCUUGGGGCUAUUCAGCAUCCCCGUAGCUGCGAGCGUCCACCCAAUUAUGGCCAUCGUGUUUCGAGCAUUGCAAGGAAUAGGCGCGGCUAUGAACGUCCCCUCGGCGAUCGCAAUGAUACGAAUAACAUUUACAGAUCCCAUCGAACGCAGCGGCGCCUACGCAGCGUACGCUAUCGCUGGAACAGUGGGCAACGUCGCAGGGUUUGUCAUAGGUGGCGUCCUCACCGCACGUACUUCUUGGCGCUGGGUGCAUUACCUGGUAGCCAUUCUCGUCAUUCCCAUGGCUAUUGCGGGUUGGUUCCUGUUGCCUCCGCACAAGGCUCCACCAAAAUCUGAGCGCCGGUCGAUCGACAUACCGGGGGUGCUGACGCUCACUGCGGGCCUCAUACUCUUCGUGUAUGCCAUCUCCGAUGGCGCGGAAGUCGGUUGGGGCUCACCACAAGUUAUAACAACGCUUGUUCUCUCUGUAUUCGUCGUCGGUGCAUUCUUCGGCAUCGAGCAAUACGUCUCGAACCCGGCCCUCCCGCCAAAGACGUGGACGAACAAGAACUUCAUUCCGCUCUUUUUCUACGCGUGGAGCCCGUACUGGUGGUGCCUCAGCUGCGAGCUCCAGCUCGUCAGCGUGUUCAUGAACCUCUGGGGCGACUCUGCCCUCAUCGCUGCCGUCCGCUGCAUCCCAAUGGGCGUCGCUGGCGGCAUCGCUUCCUACCUAUCCGGGCGAUUCGUCCCCAGACUGCCGCCCAACUACAUCCUCGUCGGUAGCCAAGUCCUCAUGGCCGUCGGCUCCGUCCUCUUCGCGCUCGCAGACACCCGAGAUAAGUACUGGCCGUACGUUUUCCCUGGUAUGAUCGUCGGCAUGCUGGGGCUGGCAGCCGGAUAUGUUGCGUGUACAGCGGUGGUCAUGGGCGGCGCGAGGAAGGGGGAGGAGGGCGUCGUGGGCGCGGUGAUGUACACGGCGUACCAGGUUGGGUCGACGCUCGGUUUUGCUAUUGUGACUUCAAUUACAGAGGGCGUCAACUCUGGACGUGCGGACGACACGAUGUCACGGUUCGAGGGGUAUGCGGCGUCGUUCUGGUCGAUGGUCGCGCUACCUGGGGUCAUGAUAGUCGUCGCUUUGUUCGUCAGACCAUGA